AUGAAGUUCACCAACGCCCUUCUCCAGGCCACCAUCGGCUCCGCCAGCGUUCUUGUUCAGCACGACGCGCCGGCUUUCGAUCCGACCCUCGCCCUCCCAAACUCGGUCAAUCGCCUCGGCGCGCAGGUUCUUCGGGAGUCCUUUGAUCCGAAUGGCACCUCUCUCCAUCACGGCACCCAAGAUGUAGGCGAGGCCAUCGGCGAUUGCUACACCAAGCUUGACCAACUCCAGGACCUCGAGCUUGGACCUCUUUUGAGGCAUCUCGGCGAAACAAAGCAAGCGUUCGGCUCCCUGCAGGCCGCCCUGCGCAGCAAGAAGCAGCUCUUUGCAGAGUCCGGCCCGGAAGCGUGCCUCUCCGUCGAGAAUGAACUCUGGCCUGUUUUCGCAGCGUACAGGGUCAUCGCAAGGGUCAUGGUGGCCAAGACGGCCGGCAAGAGCGAAACCGAAAAGGCAUUGCUGCCCAUCCUUGAAAUCCUACACCGCAUCCCCGAGGAUUUCUCCGAGGACAGCUGCGCAGAGACGGAACGCCGAGGCCCCGUUGGUGUCGAAUAG